AUGGAUGAAGAACACGGUUUAUUCGCCGUGAUGUUAGCUUCAUCAUUAGAACAAUGCAGUGUUAGAUAUGGAUCAGGUCUUAAAGUAUUCCCAUUGUUCCAUAAUUCCGCAAUGACAGUUCAAGUUCACGAAGGAAUUGGCAUAAUAGAUCCUUUAACACAACUCACACCCACAUUUAACGAAGAUACAGAUGAUUACGAAGAAUUAUACGAGAUUUCAGACGAAUCUAUACCUGAUGACAUUGAUGAGCUUGUUUUAGAAGAUUCUUUACACGUUUUUAACCACAUCAAACGUCUAGUAUCAUUGCUUUACGGUACUGAUGUUUCUCAUCUCGAAAUUGCAUUCGGACUUAAAGAUAUCGGCGAUGAAAUACAAAUUUUCAUAACAGAUGUGUUAUCUUGCAAAUUACAGAAAUCUCCGCUUUCAGAUCUUCUUGCAAAUGUACCCGAUGGAUCUGAUAUGUUUGCGCAACUACUUACAAUUUUAUAUUCGUGUAACUACUCAACAGAUCAUUGCUGGUCAAUUCCACGCUGUGACAAACAUUCAGAGAUAACAGUAACACUUGGAGUUACUCUCAGAUACUUCAUUUUCCAAUUAUUUUACGAUUGCAACGUUGAUUUACUUUUCAACUUUGCCAAAAACUUCUUCAGAGAGUUCUCUCCAGAAUCAUUACGAAAGACAGUCCGUUUUUGCAGAGAUUGUUACUUCAAAUGGCAACUUGAAGAAAUGAAGUUUAAACAGCUUGGAAAAUACCACUACCAAACAGCUCCUGUGACUAAAGGUCCAAAAGAUAAAGCCCAGCUUCGUGCAGCAGCAGGAAAUGUCCUUAGAAAUGGAAAAAUGCGAGCAUCAGUCGGAUCUUCUGAAUUACUUCACGCUACAUACAACAAUAAGAAAAAUUCUGUUUAUAACUCUCGUAAUGAAGGCUUUUCUUUCUCUUUGCUUGGAAAGAAACGAAUUUAA